GUAUGGUGCAACCCCCUUUUUAAUGCAAAAGAGCAAAGAAAUCUUUGUGAAUCUAAAAUACAGGUGCGGGGGCCUUUCUCAAAGGGAUGGAAGCUGCCAAUGGAGAGGAAAGAUGGCUGCUCAUUUCAAAGGAGAAAAAACUCAAGUUUUACCUGAGUUUCUACAACUGAAUGACUUGGCGUGUGAAGCUGUAGGAGGAAAGAUUAUAUUUGCAACGGAUGACUUUUUUGCUCCUGCGGAGAAUCUCUUAAAGAAGGAGAGUCCAGUUCUUAAACCAGACGAAUUUACUGAUUAUGGCAAGUGGAUGGAUGGAUGGGAGACAAGGAGGAAAAGGAUUCCAGGACACGAUUGGUGUAUUAUCCAGUUGGGAGUACCAGGUAUUGUCCGUGGAUUUGAGGUAAACACAUCUUUCUUUGCUGGAAACUGUGCUCCUCGUAUAUCAAUUCAAGCAGCAUGUCUGACGCAAGUGGAUUUACCAGAGUUUUGGCCAAGAGGGGACAGGAUAGGAACUGCAGCUUCAGAUGAAGAGUUAAAAGCUGUCAAGAAGAUGAAGUCAGAUGAAUGGACUCUUCUGGUUCCUAUGAAAGAGUUGAAACCAAGAUACCUUGAUACUAGCCACAAUUAUUUUUCUGUCAGUUGUAAGAGGAAAUGGACUCACAUAAGGCUCAAUAUCUAUCCAGAUGGUGGGAUUGCACGUUUCAAAGUGUAUGGUGUUGUUCAGAAAGACUGGUCAGCUUCUGGCCCAAAUGACUUGGAUGACUUGGUGGCAAUGGAGAAUGGAGGUAUUUGUGUUGGAUUUAGCAGUGCUCAGUUAGGCCACCCAAGAAAUAUUCUAGGGCUAGGAAGAGCAUCAUCCAUGGAAGAUGGUUGGGAAACAGCGAGAAGACCGGACAGGCCACCAGUUUUAAAAGCUGAUGAGAAAGGUAUCCUCCUCAUGCCAGGGAGUGAAUGGGCAGUUUUCCGGCUGGCACAUCCUUGUGUAAUAACUCACAUUGAAAUAGACACUAAUCACUUUAAAGGUAACUUUCCAGAUACUUGCAAACUCGAGGCCUGUGUUUUGAACACAGAAGAAGAAAAAGAUUGUAUAACACAGAAAUGGAACCUUAAACAGAAUCCAAAAUGGAACCCUUUGCUUUCUGUUACAAAGCUUAAGCCUAACAAGAGGCAUUUCUUUGAUGGAACGGCCCUACAAAUGCAGGAUGUAAUCACUCAUGUGAGACUCGUUAUUGUUCCUGAUGGAGGUGUAAGUAGGAUGCGUCUCUGGGGUUUCCCACGGACUCUGCUUUAUACAAGCAAAUGAAGAGUAUUUUCUAAAAAAGGCUUUAAGGGUUAUAGAAUGGAUGUUCACUUUUCCUCCUGUUAUAGAAACUUGAAUAUAUUCAUUGAAUGGUACACAUGCAUUAAACUAAGCAUGACUUUUUCCCAGCAAUAAUUCAAACAUAACAAUUCUGUAUGUAUUAUGGCUGUACAAUAAUACAGUGACUUCUCUACUCCUAGGAAAAUAAUGAAUGGAAUAUAUUUUUGCUGAAAUGCAUUUUUUGGGGAAAAUCAAUCAAUGAUAACACAGUGCACCCCUGGGUGAUCAUAGCUCAUCAUUAUUUUAACCACUAUGUAAAUCCACUAAUUACCCUAAAAUGCACUGCCUGCAGUGUCUUACUGGUGAAAAGAAAUGGCAUUUUAAAAUAAAAAUAAAUCAGAGACAGGCUCUGCUUUAUUGUUAUGUCUGUCUUAAUUAUAAGCCAGUCAAAAAGCUCUACUUAUGUUCUACUGCUUUCACUCAUGUCCCAUAUAUAGGCAUUUCAUAAUUAUUCAUUAUAUAAAUUAUGUAUUCAUAAGCAUCUCUACAGCCUAUCCUUCUGAUAGUACAAAGUGCUCUCCUGGAUUAUUUUGCCAAGAUUCCAAACCCUAAGAAGAAAGACGGGUUGAGUCUCCCUGUCAACCUCAAGUUUGUGUGUGUGUCAAUAUAUUGGUGGAAUUUGGAAACAUAUUUCUUUAUGAAAACACAUAAAAUGAUUUUAAUCCUCCUUUUCCUUGCACUUUUUUGCUGUAACCUAACACCCAAAUAUUGUCUGUUUCUCUACCAGCCUAGGCUAAGAUUUUCAAAACGGAGUGCUUAAGGUUAUGUUGCUAAAUCUAUAUUUAGCGAUCCAAAUCAGUGACCUGAUUUUCAAAAAUGCUGAGCAUCCCAGGGUUCUCUUUGAUGUCAGUGGCAGCUAUUGGGUGCUCAGCACUUAAAAAAAUCAGGUCACUGAAUUUAGUGCCUAAAUAUGGCUUCAGAAGCAUAGUUCUAAACACUCAGUUUUGAAAAUUGUGACCCUGGGCCUAGAUUAUACUGAAUAAGGCAACAUUUCUUUUGGAGAGAAAAAAGUGCUUAGCAUGGGGCUGAUUCCACGUGGCAUGGCGAGGUUUUUUGUGUGAUGGCACAUGAUCACGAUAUACUGCAGAUAGGAAAAGGUGGCCCCAAGUACUGCUUUGCUUUCCUUACUCUGGGCACACACCUGCCUUGUUCCCUAUGCACCUCUCAUUUGCACCAUGGCUUCUGGGUGGAAGUGCUGUGAUGAUGAUGGAGAAUAGUUGGGGCCAUGGACAGGCAUCCUUAGGGUGUGUGUGUGUG